UUGUUUUGAAAUGUUUAUCACCACACUCUCCUCUUUAAUAAAAGACAAUCGGGAUAGGUUUAGUGCCGUUCUGUGCUGCGCGUAUUGAAGAAAAAAACGUUCUUACAGUUUGGCUUCUGCAGCGAUUUCCUAUGCUGGGUGAACAGUGAUUUCCUCUGUGAGCUGAAAAAUGAAUCACCGAGAUCCCACGAAACCGCCAUACUUCUCAGCUGGAGAGCGAACGUAUCUUCGAGGAACAGCAGCGUAUCGGCAAUUGGUUUCUAGCAUAAACAAAGUGUAUUCACGGCAAACAAUUUCGGACGUCGCUAAGGUUAGCAGAAACCAGAGGGUAAUUGCCGCUGGAACCACUUUUUGUCUCACCGCACUCGGAGCUGUUUUCUAUGUCCUGUUCAAAGAUCGUAAACGCGAAUUGAACGUGCCUCUACCCGUUAUAAAAGGGCCAUUUGUACGAUUCUUAGAUGAGGACGGCAAGCCUCUAAAAACUGACCCCAACGAGGUCAUUAAGAACGCUUGGAAAUCAUACCUUGAGAAUAUUUCAGACACCGAGCGACUCAAAUUUUGGAAGAGGGAGUUUUGGGUACCGAAGUAGUUCAGCAGAAAUAGGUUAGCGUAAAACAGCUUUUGUCAGCAUUCUCUUGGAAAGUAGUUUGUUGUGGAUCUAUUGAAGUAUACAGAUAGUCAGAGUAAUAAUUCUCGAUUUAUUGGACAUGAACAAGGCAACGCGUGAUGUAUGUUGGAGUGUAGAAUACAAAGUGGCAUAAAUAAAGUUAGAGUUA